AUGUCAAGCACCAAGGUAUCGAGUGCUAAAGCAUCAAAUACCAAGGUACUAGGUGCUACGGUGUCGAGUACCAAGACGUCGACGAUUCAGGCAUCAAGCACCAAGAUAUCAAGCAACAGCAUGUCAAGUAGCAAGGUAUCAACCUCAUUCACUAGUACAAGUGCCAAGGUGUCCAGUACCAAGGCACCUAGCACUAAGACGCCAAGUACCAAGAUGACAAGUGCCAAAGCAUCGACUACCAAGACACCAGCUGCGAAGGCUUCGAGCACCAGGAUAUCAAGCAACAUGGUAUCAAGUAGCAAGGUACCAAGCUCGUUGGCUAUUACGAAAACUAAGACGUCGAGCACCAAGGUACCUAACAAUAAGUCUGCGUCGCCAAGUACCAAGAUGUCGAGUACCAAAGCAUCAACUGUCAAGUCCUCAACCACCAAGGCAUCGAAUGCACAGGCAACUAGUACUAAGACGUCAAGUACCAAGAUAUCAAGUACCAAAGCAUCGAUUGCCAAGACAGCAGCUACGAAAGCAUCGAGCACCAAGACGUUAGCCACCAAGGCAUCGACUACCAAGGUACCUAAUACCAAGUUGUCAAGUACCAAGAUAUCCAGUACCCAAGCAUCAUCUGUCAAGAUAUCAAGCUCCAAGAAAUCAACCCCUAAAGCUUCAACCGCCAUAGAAUCGACUACCAAGGCAUCUAGCAGCAAGACAUCAACAACCAAGCUUUCAAGCACCAAAUCAGCAACUACUAAGACAUCGACUGCUAAGACGUCGAGCACCAAGGUACCCAGCACCAAGGUAUCUAGCACGAAGACAUCGUCUACUAAGGCAUCAACCAUCAAGACAUUAAGCAGCAAAGCGCCAAGCACCAAGACGUCGAGCACCAAGGUAUCUAGCACGAAGACAUCGUCUACUAAGGAAUCAACCAUCAAGACAUCAAGCAGCGAAGCGCCAACCACCAAGACGUCGAGCACCAAGGUAUCCAGCACCAAGGUAUCGUCUUCUAAAGCAACAACCAUCAAGACAUCGAGCACCAAGUCCUCAACCACCAAGAUAUCAAGAACUAAAUCAGCAGCUGCUACAACAUCGACUACUAGGACAUCAAGCGGCGAGCGCCAAGACCUCCAGCACCAAGGUAGCGGCGCCAAGCUCAUCCAUUGGACCAAGUUCAAGCACAAUGCAUUCUACCAAGUUCAAGACGAGCUCCAAAACAUUACAAGCCAAGUCGUCGUCAAGAAGCAAGGCAUCAAGCCCAUCUACAAUUAUUACAAGCACCAAAGCAUCAAGCUCAAAAAAGACGAGCUCAUCUACAGUAACAAGCACGCAGGCACCAAGCUCAUCCACUGCUCAAAGCAGUUCGCGGCCACCAAAAAGCAAAAGACCAAGAACACGGAGGCCAAAAUCACGGAGACCAAAAACAAGGGCAUCAAAAACCAAGACGACAAAGGCAGCAAAGACGAGCUCGUCUACUAUUCCCACGACAACCAGUCGCAUGCCGCCAAGGUGUCGUCAAUCACAACAUGGACGACAACCACGGUGGACGGAUUCGCCAAGGCUUGCCCGACGCCGACGUGCCAAACCGGCAUCGAAAGCGCGCUGUACUACAACCCGUUCCAGAACGACCCCAGCAGAGACUACGGCAGCUUCCAGCCGUCGUACUUCCAGCGCAGGCGGCCGAUGGAAACGCGCGUGGUGGACAGCAUCUACAUCCGCGACGACGGCACCAAUAUAACGCUGGCCAACGCGGCCAUUGAGUAUCGCGGGUUCCUGUACGCGUGCCAGGACGGCUGGUACACGUUCCACUCGUACCGGUCGGAUGACAUUACGCUCAUGUGGUUCGGCCCCAAGGCGUACAGGGGGUGGACGCGCGAAAACGCCGACAUUAGCCAGUUCUACUUUGGCGACAAUGAGCCCAAGAGGGUCGACAGGAUGCUCAAGGCCGGCACGUACUAUCCCAUCCGCGUCAUGUGGGGUAAUCUUGGCAGCGUGGCCGAGUUGUCGCUGCGCAUUCAGGGGCCGGACGGACGGGAGUUGUUUGGGAAUUACUUGACGACGGAGGCCUGCGAUGCGUCGUACCCGAGGUAUCUGCCUUUUGGCCGGGAGCGAUAG